AUGGUGCCAGGCUUUAUUGGCCCAAUUCAGGACAGAAAAGAAGAACAAUCGGCCAUUGAUUUUUGUCGCGUUAACCCUACCAUGAAGUUUGCCGAUCCUGCCAGUUGUUCCUUGUUCUUUGAUUGUUCCAAAUAUGAACAUGAUAGAGAUUUAUAUAAAUACCAAGCUGAAUGUGUUUAUUUAUAUUUAUUUGAUAUAAAACUCAAGAAAUGUGUUUAUUUCCUCGAUGCUGAUUGUCAAUCUAGACCAGUUCCAAGAGCACCUUGUGAAUAUAGAAGAGGACAUUGUCGACAUGGUAGAAAUAAUGAUCAAUGUAUUCCCUGUGCUGCUAACUGUGUAACAUUACAUGAUGGUGAUAAUGUUUACCCUGGUCGUGCUUUAACUUCCUACUAUCUGUCAUGUGCUAGUGGUAGAACCCUUAAUAUUAAAACAUGCCCAGACGGUUUGGUAUUUGAUCCCUUGUUCGGACCAAAUGGAACGUGCGUGUCCGAUUUGACUACUGAAACACUAAGAUUAUUCUGUGAAGCUAUGCCGGGUCAAAUUAUACCUCAUCCAGGAGAGUGUGCUAUGUAUUACGACUGUUCGCAAACGGCUUAUAGUGGUAAUUUUAAAAUCUACGAAGCUGAAUGUAAAUACCCGAAUUUAUUUGAUAUCGCCUCUUCGUCUUGUAAAGAUUUCUUCAACGUUUCUUGUGAAAAGCGGCGUGAACCAAUCUCCCCAUGUGAAUAUAAACAGUAUCAAUGUACAGAUAUGAGCUGUAUACCAUGUAACCAAGUGUUACCGGACUGCUCUGGACGUGUUAACGGUCUGUACGCUGUACCCAGAUGGGAGCUGACCUCUUCUUAUAUCUACUGCGCUGACUUUAGGUUCAUGUACCGUUAUGAUUGCCCACCUGGUCAAGUUUUUGAUAUUUUAGAGCGGAGAUGUGCUACUAGUGUAUCGAAAGAAUCGAUGACGGCCUAUUGUAACAAGUAUCCGGCAGGAAGAAUUGGUAAUCCUCUACAUUGUGCCCAGUAUUACGACUGUACAGCUCCCAUGUCAUCAAGACUGGUAGAAUGUCCCUACCCUAAACUCUUCUCGUAUGAAUACAUGGAGUGCCAACCUUUUGAGAAAGUUGAUUGUGGCCGUCGUAUUGAUUUCAAGAAUCCAUGUGAUUAUCAAAGAUUCUACACCUGUUCUAGCAGUGAUCAAUCACAGUGUCCACCAUGUGAGUCUCUGUACCCUUCGUGUCAUCUUCAACCAGCUGGUUUCAUAGCAGCUUUACCUGGUACGACUAACCAGUACUAUAUCUGUAAGACUGGUAGGGCUAUCUUAAUGAAAUGUCGCACCACCUUCAACACCGAAUUAAUGAAAUGCAUGGAUCCCGAAUCAAACAUAAACACACAACCUAAUAAUAAUGGCUCUAACUUAAAUCCCUACCCGUUUCCAAAUCAACCAACAUCGUUUCCAAAUCAACCAACAUCGUUUCCAAAUCAACAACCAACGUUUCCAAAUCAACCAUCGAGGUUUCCAAAUCAACCAUCAAAUAAACCAUCAAAUCAACCACCAACCUUCCCACCAACCAGUGGUGGCGGUAAUAAUGUGAAUGUGAAUAAACCGUUUCAACCGCCUUACCAACCAAUAACUCAGCCACAGACACCUACAACCAAUACUCAAACUGGUUCCAUCACGGGUUCCAAUACGGGUUCCAACCCGCUGACAAUCCAGUUUCCAGUACUUAAACCAGUACCACCGACCACACCAACUCAACCACCACCCCAACCACCGACAGUUGCACCGACUCAACCACCAACUACUAUAAAUAUUGCCAAGCCUGGGGAACCAGGAUUCAAUAUAAACGCAUACUGUUCAAUCAACAGAUACCAAAUAUUCCCCCACCCUUCAAGCUGUGCUAAAUACUACAACUGUAUGCAACCUUAUAGUGCAUUUGGGUCAUUUGUAAUGGAAUGUCCCUAUCCAGCUCUAUUUGAUGUAUUAAAGAGAACAUGUAAACCAUUUACAGAAGUCAAAUGUGAACCUGGAGUUUAUACACCUGUAGCACCCUGUGAAUAUGAUAAAUACAGUGUAGAAUGUCAAAAUAAAAACUGUCCACCAUGUGAAGAAAGCAAUCCAAGUUGUAAAGGUAAAGAAGAUGGAAGACAUAUGUUCCCAGGCGAUCCAUUAGGUGGUAAAUAUAUGGAAUGUCUGACGGAAAGAACCAGAAAAAUAUCUCAAUGUCCGGCAGAAACAUUUUUCGAUCCAUUGAUGAGAGCUUGUAGUAAGGAACUAAAACGACAAACAAUUGAAAUAUAUUGUCGACAGAAUCCUCAGAGUACCGCUCAACAUCCAUUCAACUGCGCUCAGUUUAUAAAAUGUACAGCUAACAGUACGCUAGUUAUUGAAUGUGGUUACCCAAGAUUAUUCAAUGGUACAGCUUGUGAUGAUUUUAAGAAGGUGGACUGUAAAAAACGCUAUAAACCAGUAGCACCAUGUGAAUAUGCCCAGAACAGAAGAUGUCCACCAGGAGCAUCAACAUGUCAACCAUGUGAACAGAGAAUACCAAGCUGUGUGGGAGUACCUAAUAAAGAACAACCUUACCCUGGUCGACCACCAUCACCUUUAUUUGUUGUCUGUGACUCGGGAAGAACAUCAGCUGUUAUGCAAUGUCUCAAAAACAUCUUUAACCCAACUGAACGAAGAUGUGGCGGUUCUAUAUCUAAUGCUAAUGUGGCAAGUAUUUGUGUUCGACACCCAAAAUCAACGUUUCCCGACCCUGAGAAUUGUGCCCGUUAUUUUAACUGCAGUAUGAAAGAGAUUAUACUAGACCGACCAUUCCACGCAGAAUGUAAAUACCCCGAUCUCUAUAAUACCAUUGGUAAUAAAUGUGAACGCUUUCACGAAACUUUGGCUAGUGGUGGUUGUGGUACACGUUAUGCUCCAAUCGAGCCAUGUGAAUACCAUCAACACUGUCCAACCUUUCCUAACUGCGAACAAUGUAAGAGAAGAAUACCGAAUUGUAACGUGGGCAAACUGAACGAUCCAGGUUUAAAUUUAAUACCAGACAACACAGCCACCUAUCCAACAGAAUGGUACAUCUGUCUAGACAAACGCACCAUUGCACAUGGAUCAUGUCAACCUGGACAAUUUUUUAACAGUACAGCCAGGGAUUGUAAACCUUUACCUACUGGAGCAGCACGCAUACCUUAACUCUUUAUCAACGUAUUAUGUAUUAUAAACCAAAAAAUGGAACAAAAAAAUGGGAAAAUGUACAUAAUAACCUAUUACAUAAUAUAUGUAUGUUAGAAUUAUAAAUUUUUUUGACUUAUUGUGACACGAAAGUAGCCAAUACUGCGUCUUAUACCUCGACAUCAUUCGGCGCUUUUCUUGCAUCUCGGAACUAAGCUCGCGAAAAGAGCCAAAAAGGUCACCGACAGAAAGACCCUUAACGAAUUGGCUGCGCUACCAGUAACUACUGCGUUGUGAACAUGUUACAGAAAAAAAUGGGCUAUUUCAUGUAGAUUUACACGAAAAGUGCCUAAUGAUGGAAAGGUAUAUGACGGGGUUUGUAAUAGCUUGAUAUUGUCAAAAUGGAACCAUGGGGGCAGAACUUUGUAACACUUUGCCGUUCCAAAGCCUACAAAGGGGACCCGUAGAAUCCGACACUCCGACGCUUAAAAUACGCGACUUAAGACCCUUUUCCAAAAGCCAUACAGGUUUAAUUUUGUGACCAUGAACAACCAAGCAUACACCAAAUGAACAUUAUUAUUGUUAUGUGAUGCAUUUAUAUUUAAAAAAAAGGUGUACAGGCUCUCAAAAUGAGGAAACUUGUCUGAAAACAAAAUAAGCACCA